AUGAAUAACUCCACCAACGGUUCGAAUGUCAGUUCCCCGUGCGUAGUCGACGAGCAAUACAAGUACAUUUACUUGCCGGUUGCCUACUCAAUCUGCGCUUUCUGCGGGAUAAUCCUCAACGGCUUUGUGCUGUGGAAACUGACACUCAGAACCAAAAAGUGGAAUUCCACCUCGAUAUUCAUGAUCAACUUGGCGGUCGCAGACUUCCUCUACGCCCUCUCGCUAAUGUUCCUGGUCCACAGCUACGUGAACGAAGACGUCUGGAUAUUCGGGGACUUCAUGUGCCGCAUCGUGCGCUUUCUCUUCUACUUCAACCUCUACGGCAGCAUCCUGUUCCUCGGGUGCAUGAGCCUCUACCGCUACCUGGGCAUCUGCCACCCGCUGUCCACGCGUAGCUGGCACAGGCGUAGGGUCACCUUCGCCAUCUGCAUGACCGUCUGGUUGUGCCUGCUGGCCGAGACGGCUCCGUACCUAUACUUCGCGGGAACUUUGGAGCACGCCGGCGGGCAGGCCGACUGCUUUGACUUCGUGCCCGAUCUCACCAAUCAGCACCUGCCGUACGGAAUCGUAAUUGUUCUCACGGGCUUUCUGAUUCCGUUCGUUGCCAUCUUGGUGUUCUAUGCCAGGAUCAUCCACACCUUGAGAAUGUCCAUGAGGGCUGCCGGGUCGAACGUGCAAGCGGGGUCGGCCAUCAAUCGGAGAAAGGCCGUCUACACCAUCGUUGUGGUUCUCACCAUAUUCGUGAUCUGCCACCUGCCGUACAGCACGACCAAAUUGGUUUACGUUGUAUAUGACCGGAUGUACGGAGACUGCCAAGCCGCCAUCGUUUCCAAAUCAUACAAGAUCACGCGUCCCUUCUGUAGCCUCAACUGUGUGCUCAAUCCCCUGCUCUACUUUGUCCCCCGUUCCCGACCAAGGGUGGACAGACCGAUCACUCACGUGGAGACCAUGCCGGACUGA